CGCGCGGGAAAAACAAAAAAUGGCGGCGGGCCGGAGCCUACGGAAUUAACGGAAUCGUUGGGCGGGAGCGGGAACCGAGGCUUUGGCGGCUUUGCACCUCCCUGUUCGUAGAUACUCUGUGACCUGAAGAGUAUUUGUUUUAAUUCCUCAUCCAUGGGAUUUCGUGCUUGAGUGGAAGAUGGAGGACGUUGAGUCACGAUUUGCACAUCUUCUUCAGCCAAUCAGAGAGCUGACAAGGAACUGGGAGAUUGAUGUGGCAGCUCAGCUGGAGGAGUAUUUGGAAGAGUUGGACCAGAUCUGCAUUUCCUUUGACGAUGGGAAAACAACAAUGAACUUUGCAGAGGCUGCACUGCUGAUCCAAGGCUCUGCAUGUAUUUACAGCAGGAAGGUGGAAUACCUGUAUUCUUUGGUGUACCAAGCUUUGGACCUCAUCUCCAACAAAAAGCGGAACCAAAAGGCAUCAUCUAUUGGGGAGGAUGGUACAGAUAAUGAUCUGUCCUUGGAUAAUCGGAAGGCCGAAUGGGAAUUUUUGUCUCUUGAUGACAUUGAAUGUCCAUCAAAAAACAGCAUUAAUAUGCAGAAGGAUGUCAGUUCUCCGAUUGUGAACAUUAUCCCACUAACCCCGAUAGCACUGGUACCACCAGAAGAAAUAGAAAAAAAGAACAACCCGCUGUUCAGCCGAAGAGGAGAGAUCCUGGGCAGUCGAAAGGAUUUCCGAAUGAACACUUGCACUCCUCACGCCACUGGUGCUUUUAUGUUAGAGCUGAACAACACAUCACCGAUGAACUGUCUAAAUAGGCAACAGCAGGACAAUGCAGAGCACAAUAGGAAUGGCCUGCAGGAUGUUGCACAAGACAUGGUGAUGGAGAAUAGUGACUGUCAAGCUCCUGUUCCAGUAUUGCACUUUUCAGAUGAUAUGGGUCCCACAGGAAGUGAUGAUGGUGGCGAUGUUGAUGACUGUUUUCUUCCACAGCUACCAGAGGGAAAGAUGGGUCAGGAACAUGUUGCAAAACAGAAGGCUGUAUGUGAGGCUCAGGGUUACAUGCUCCGUGAGAAGAGGCUGACAGCGAUUGACCCAGUGGACAGAAAGGAAGUGCUCGAUCCCUGGAGGAGCUUGGACCCUUUUGAAGCAGCACAAGACAAGCCAUUCAAGAAAGGAAGGUAUUUUUUCAUCCCAUCAUGUAUCGAUGUCACAGGAAGCAAGCGGAAACGGAAAUGCUUCGGAAAACUGAAAGAGUUUGGGAAGUGGUUUUCUGGAGCAUAUUAUGGUGGGCAGAGUGAUACAAAGAGCAAAAAGAGAGGACCAAUGUUUGCAGAUAUGGAAGUUCUGUACUGGAAACACAUGAAGGAAAGACUUGGAGCACAGAGGAAGUAUCAGCAGAGGAUGAUUGCUCUACGUGGGCGAGUAAUAGAAGAGUUGGAAGCUGAAGCAGGAAACGUGGAAGAAGAAUUAAAUGACUUGCAGGAACGAGCUGAAGACCAUCUGGAUUAUGAUGGAGUGGAAGAUGACUAUGACAUUGAUUUGGAACAUGAAGUUGCUGGAACUCAGGAGAACCACAGCCCCCUGAAUCUGGAUCCUCUUGGAGAACCUGGAUUCGUGAGUUACGAGGAGCUUGUCAGAAGGAAUGUGGAAAUGUUUAUUGCUAACUCCCAGCAGUACGCCCAGGAAUCGGCUCUGUCCCUCCGUGUUAAGGACUGGGAGGAAAAGAUUGGGCCACGACUAGAGAAAGAAGAGGAGAGAGCUGCUUUUGCCAUCCACGAUUAUGGGGACAGAAUUGUGGAUGCAUUCGAUUACAUAAGACAAAGACGUUCGUUUGCAAAUAUGGUGGCUGGGAAGGAGUCGUUCGAGGUAUGUCGAUACAUGCUGGCCUCGCUACAGCUGGCUAAUGACUACACAGUAGAAAUAUGGCAGAGAGAUGGAUUGUAUGAGUCAGUUGACACAAUGGAGCUCACCUUGCUGAGCAAAGUAAGAGCUCAUGAUCGGUUCCGGACCUACAUGGCUCCAUCCCUUUCCAAUAAAUGAGAAAACUCGCAAACCUUCCUGCAUCUUUCACAGCCUUAAAGCUGCAAACUCAUCUUGACUAUUACUGAUGGCCAUACAUGGAGAACACUGUGCUGUUUCUGCUUGAUGUACGCGGCUAACGUCUGAGAUGUUGACCAGUAAUAACCAACUUGCCAGGAUCUUUGAUGGAAACCUCCCUUCACAUCUUGCUAAACCCUCACCAAAACAAUUUGUGGACUGUGACUUUGAAAAGAAAACUGAGUAAUUUAUGUUGAUAUAUUCUGAUGUGUAAUUCCAGAUUACUUUAGGUGAGGCAUAUAUAUUGAAGAGUAAGCUUUUAAACAAACCACUUCACUUUAUCCAUUUGCUAUUAAUCUUUUCUUCCUGAGCUUAAGACUUUUAGCUUUCUCAGUAAAUUAUUUCCUAUACCCUAAUUGAGGCAGUUGAGUCUUGGAUUUGUGCUAGAAGAGAUGGUUGGGCUUGUCCAUGUUUCCCUGGAGUGUCACAUUCUAAAGUAGGUCUUAAAUCUUUAAUCUUAUGAUCGAAGCAAAGUUGUUCCUAAGUGAGCCAAGUUUUUGCUGCUUGUUGAAAAGUUCACCAGAUUUGGAAAUUUCUUCAAAUACUAUAUGUAACCUGGUGCUAGUUGUAACUUUGUAAAGUGCAAUAUAUGUCUUAUUGUCUUGGGGGUCAGAAUUGCUAUGGAAUAUUUCACUUGCUCUAGCCCAUUUACCGUAGGCAAAAAUAAACCUUUUCGGGAGCAUUGAGGUCGGGAACAUGAGUGGGAUGGUGGGGAGCCAAGAAUGUUGCUUUAAUAUUGAUUAGUAUGGUUAGGGAAGGUGUGUAUUGGGGUUUAUUACGAAUAAUUGGAGAUCCUGGUACGUUUUAGGGUACACAAAUUCAAUAUACUUUUAUAAAGUACAGACAUUUUUAAAUGUAACUUUAUAUUAGGACUUGUAAACUUGGAUACUUUAUUUGUAUUUGAAAUUGUUUUAUAACCAAUUUGGGGUUGCAAAAUCUGCAGAACUAAACCAUUCUGAAGGAAAUUCCUGUAUCCAGGGUAGAAUAUUCUGCUGCCAGUUAAGUGCUUUGAGCAUAUACUCAAGAGGAACAACAACAAAAAAACAACCUCAGCAGUAUUGGGACUGGGGGCAUUCUUGUUAAAAUAAUUUUUUAAAAAUUGAGCUGAUGAAAAAGAGAAAACAGUGAAACUUCCUCUGCUGCAGUGCCAGUGAACUUUGUUACCAGGACAGCAAUCUUUUACUAUCUCGCUGAGCUUGUAUGCAUGUAAAAUAAAAUGCAGUUUAUUAAAAUCAAUCUUAAAUGAA